CACUAUCGUCACCACCACCACCGUCACCACUGCGCGUGCGCGGCUCGCUUCCUGCACGCACUCCGCCGCCUGCGCCUCGAGCCGCUCCUCCUCCUCCUCCCCCACUGCUCCCCUCCAUUGUUGUUGUUGCUGCUGCUGCUGUUGUUGCUGCUGCUGCUGUUGUUGUUGGUGGUGUUCCCGCCUGGCUGCCACCGCUGAAUCUCUCGCGAUUGCUCUUCAUUGCAAAGCUGGUCUCCAAGAGCACUCCGACCUGCUCUCAUCCACCUUUAAAAUGCAUUUUCAGGCUUUUAAGAUGGAAGACACGGCAACAGCUUUAAAAACAGAAUCCAGAGGCGCAGGUGGAACAAGAGAAUACAAGAUUGUGAUGCUGGGACCUGGUGGAGUUGGAAAAAGUGCAAUGACGAUGCAGUUCAUCAGCCACCGCUUCCCUGAAGACCACGAUCCAACUAUCGAGGAUGCCUAUAAAACACAAGUCCGCAUUGAUGAUGAAACGGCACACCUUGACAUUUUGGACACUGCAGGACAAGCGGAGUUUACAGCCAUGCGUGACCAGUACAUGCGCGCAGGCGAAGGAUUUAUCAUCUGCUACUCCAUUACCGACCGCCGCAGUUUCCAGGAGGCUGCUCAGUUCAAACAGCUCAUCUAUCAAGUCCGUCACACGUACGAGGUUCCUGUGGUGCUUGUGGGCAACAAGACCGACUUGGGAGAAAUUCGCCAGGUCUCGCAGGAAGAGGGCCGAUCACUGGCACGAGAGUUCAGCUGUCAGUUCUUUGAGACAUCAGCCGCGUUGCGGCAGUACGUGGACGAGGUAUUCUACGCUGUCGUGCGGGAAAUCCGCCGCAAGGAGCACGACGCCAUGGUGGCGAUGGAGAGACGGUCCAAAAGGAAAGACAGCCUUUGGAAAAAGCUCAAGGGCUCCUUGAAGUCUAAAAGGAGAGAGAACGUCACAUGAGUUACACAUCCCGCAUAUGCCUUCGGCGGCUGAGGAUGUUUACACCUCGCAAGCUGGCACUAAUCUCUAUAAAUCAUAGGUUAGACUCGUGCACUGUGGCUUCAUGUGUUUCUCAAUAUUUCAUCAGGUUUUGUUUGAUUAGUUUGAAGCGGGGUUUGUUUACGGCACGUGGAACGGUGCCACGUACCGUGGAACCCGCAUAAUAAUAUACAAUUUAUGAAUAUUAUUCACCACCCUUACACACAUCACUGACUUAAACAUCUGUGCUUGAUGCAAAGUAAUAUUGAAAUACUUUAUCUUAAAAAUGUAAAAGUCAGUGUCUCCUCGCUAAAUGAGCGUGGGGAAGUGCUUUGUCUCCCUUUUUGGAAGGUUUGAGGCAGCGCUGGAACUUCCACAUUUCUCAACAGUGGCACUCAAGACGGAUGAAAGGCCGAGUCUAUUCUGGCCCAAAUGACCAAGUCGCCCAGUAUAACUGCGCCGAAUAAAAAAAUAAGUGUUUUACCUCCUCUUGGAAUAUGUUGAAAGCGCUGGACAAGAGUGGCAAGUUCUCAAGUAGGAAAAAACUAAUUGAUUUGAAUGAAUAAAUUGGUUUACGCCGCUAAUAUGGGCAAAUUCUUAACCCUCCAGCACUCAACAUAGCCAAACAAAUCACAUUUAUUUGGCUGUGUCAAUUGUGAAUAUUAUUAUUGGCCAUGAAAGCCUGUGAUAAAUUAUAUUGUUGUUAGACAGAAAAACAUCACUUCAUCUCCGAUAGGCAAUGACUGUUCUAAUUUUUGCACUUUUAUCUUAGUAGCAUUUGUACAAUGAUCAUGCAUUUCUCACCCCAUUGAAAUCACAAAAUGUCUUAUUUUGAAAUCUCGUCUUGAAUGCUAAAAUGAAUAAGAAUGUAACUUACCUUGUAUGUUUACAUAACAAUGGUCACAGGUUUUCCAAUAAUAUACACACAUCUAUUUUCCCAAUGUUUAGAAGGUCACCUGUUUUGGGGUGAAUAUACCUUGAAGUAUAAGGAUGACUUUGCAUCAAGUAUGGGUAGCUAACUACUUUGCAUUUUAUUUGGUCAGUGUGAAACUUUUUUUGGCACAAAUACAAGAGUGAUGUUAAGGGGUGGUGGGUGCUGUAGAUUUGAGGGUAUUUUCCUUGUUUGUAAUUUUUUAUGAUCGGGAAGUUAACCGCCAGUUUACUUUUAGGACAUUCUUUCAACUGAAAUAUUGACUUGUGCUUAGAAUCACUGUAUUGCUCAUUCAAUAGUUGUUUAUUUAUAUGACCACUUCAAGUAAAUUAUAAAGCAAAUUUGCAACAACAACAACAAAAACGUCAAAGUAGUCUUUUGGACAUUUACAUUUCCUUAAACUUGCCUUAUGUUUACUGUAGUUCAACAGAAUUAUGUUCCAAAAGUUCAGUUAGCAUGGUUGUUCUCACUGUGAGAAGGGUAAGACGCUUGAACGUGAUUACAUUUGGCUUUCUAAAUAUUCUAUUUUAUAAUCCAUUUGCCUUCAUGUAGACAUGGUAGGGCAAUUUAUCACAACUGGACACCUACCUUUUUAUUCCACGUGCUUUUGCAUUUUAAAUUGAAUCAAAUAUUGUUAUGAUCGAGUGUCAUGCAAAACUGAUGACAUGGUAAAACAAACUGCUGAUAAUUUCACAAUAAACUGUAGAUGUUAUAGUUGGAGCUUAUUUAUUUUGUUUCAGGAAUGAAAUGCUAUUUUUUGUUAACAUUGCUCAAGUUGUACUUAUUUAUAAUCCAUUUAUAAUUAAACACAUUUAGAUGUAAAUGCAAAUAAUUACUAACAUAGACUAAUACCAAAAACAUGUUGUUUACUGUUAAUUUUAGUUGACACUCUAAAUUUCAAAGUUUGUCAUUUAUAUAUGUAAAAAACAUACAAUUAAAAAAAAGCUGAUUCCAUUAAAGCAAAAGUAUUAGAAAAUUAUGAACAAAUCCUUCAGCAGUGACAGUUAAAGUUAUUGUGGACUAUAAUAUGCUUACAUAUUCAGUCCUUCAAAGUAAUCUUCAUUAGUUGAAGAUUUAUGAUCUUGCUCCAUAUCGUUAAUUUGUAAUUUUGAAUUCACCUCAGGUCUACGUUGCAAAGCAAAAUGACAGUUGCAAUACAAAAGGUUAUAAAAGGGUUAUUGAAAGAAAUCACCAGUCAAAACUGACAACUGGAAUGGGGUGUCCAGAACAUGGUAUCCACAUCAUGUUAAUGAAGACUAAUGUUCAUAUCACCAAGACUGUUUGCAAAUGGUAAUCAUGUUAACUAGUACUCUUUGGUUCUUGCGGUAUAGUCAGGUAAGUAUAAAAUAAUUAUUUGUUUUAUUUUCUACCUACGUGACUUUACCGAAAGAACCAAAGAGUAUGGAUUCCUGCAGUCACGAAAGCUUCAAAUCAAGAUUGAAUGUUAACUCGUGUUCAAAUGCUUGUAGUACAUGUUACAUGAUGUAUAACGGAAUUAAGAAUGCAUUAGAGGAAGAUUCAGUGUGGUCAGGACUGUCUUAAAUACUCCUGAAUGAGGCUUAACAGGAGGAAUACGUAGCCUGAUGAGACAUUCCUAUAUCAAAAGCUGGAUGAAUUCAAUUCACUCAAAUGCCUGUUUUCUAAAAUGUAAAUAUUUGAUUAAAAUCCCAGUUGAUGACGUUUACAAAAUUGAGUCAGUGACCAGAGGGUGACAUCUGUAAUGUUUUCUUCCAAUCAACUGGAACAAAUGCCAGCCUACGUUCAUGUAUUGCAUAAUAAUACAAUUCAGAGUCUACCUACAUUUGCCUUAAGAGCUAUUUUUUAGCCUGUAUAUGGAAGCUAUUAUUGUACUUGUGGUUUAGAAAAUGAUGUGUAUUUGGGAAAUAAUACUUUUUUAAUAGCAGCUUUGUCUAGAAUCUAGCAGUAAGAAACAUUGAGAAAAUUAUCACUUGUUUAAGUAACUUGUUGUAGCCCAUAAUACUAUGAUCAAGCAGUUUGCCAUUAACAUGUGUAUGUUUAAAUGUGCACAAUUUCCAAAGUGCAUACUUUAACAAAGAAUUAUGCUGUGGCUACUUUAUUGUCAGCACAGUGAAAUAACUUAUUUAGGUGCCUUUUCCAUGGGGAGCAGUAAAUAAUUUUUGCAAUUUACAAAAAAGAUACUGUAAGUUAAUUGCACAUUUUUGGUUUUAAAAUUCCUGCACGAAAAAAAAAUCUUAAUAAAAGGCCAAUACAUAAAUGAAUUAAAUAGAGAUAUUAAGAUUUUCAAUAUGAAUUGUAUUAAAUGGUAGCUUUAUGUUUAUUGAGUAAAUAAUUAACCGCAUUUUUACAAUGGGUUAUGCCGUAUUUUUAUUAUCUACUUGGAUUUAAAAUAGGAAAAAUAUAAAAAAACUCGCCCCUAAAAGUGGUUAUUUUCAGGAUGAAAACCAAAAACGGGUAAUUGUGAACAUUGAACACUGUUGCUUGGUAGCUGUUUUAUGCGAAUCGAGAUGCCAUCUGUUUUUAAUUUGUGUCAAAGCUGUUGAAGCCUGUUUUUACAGUUCUAAUAAAUAUUGUUUCAUUUUGUCUGUUAA